ACGGUGAAGCAGAUGUGGCCGUUUAUCUGCCAGUUUGUGGAGAAGCUGUUCAGAGAGACAAUCGAGCCGGCGGUGAAGGGCGCCAACCCUCAUCUCAGCACCUUCUGCUUCACCAAGAUUGACAUGGGCGACAAGCCGCUGAGAGUGAAUGGAGUGAAAGUUUACACAGAAAAUGUGGACAAGAGGCAGGUUAUCAUGGACCUGCAGAUCAGUUUUGUCGGGAAUACAGAAAUUGACGUGGACAUCAAAAAGUACUACUGCAGGGCUGGAAUCAAAAGUAUACAGGUACGAAUCCAAGACAGAUGCAACAUGUUAAGGUCAGUAGUUUUAUGCCUAUUUAUCUCAUAUAAAGACAUGAAAAAUACAAAGUCUGUUGUCACAACACUUCCCUCCCUCCAGCUUCUGCUUUUCCAGUUCAGGGCCCAGUAGGAGUAUAGAUAACCAGUGUAGAUGAUCAACAAACAGUCGCACCUACAGCCUGCACAUUUAACUCUUCUAUAGUUU